AUGGUGGGGGAAGUCAGGCAGGAAGCCGUACAGCAAGCUCUUGCAGCCAUGCAAAACAGACCUAAACCAUCGCUGCCUAUGCCAUCGAAAAGGACGUCGGUCAUGGCGAAAAGUCCCGAUAGAGAGCGACACGAUUCAGAUUCGAGUUCGGGAGAUUAUAGCGGCGGUGAAAACGUCGAAGAUGUUCAAAGCACGCCGGAAAGAGAAAGAGCGAGAACGACGCAAUUACUACCCCAAUCAGACACAAGCAGCACAGGAUCCGCAAGGGAAACUCCGCCGCAACAAAGGCAAUCGCAUAGAAGUACCAGGAUAACAAACGGUCCGAAUCAUACGGUUUGGGAGGAACCCAUAACGCGAGAUGAAAGGAAAAGAAGUAAACCGCCGCCUUUGGAAAUGACGGAUUUGUCGAAUGUUAUGCACAAUUUGAGAUCAUAUUCUCAACCACCUGACGUCACGCACAACACGGCACAACAAUCUAGAAGGUUGACAGCUGCCGACAGGGUGAACAGGUACAAUCAAUCGAGGCAAUCUUCGGCAUCAGACGAAAGCAUGGGUACUCUAACGGGUACGGGUAGGUGGAAAGUAUCGGCGAAAAUACAACAGUUACUCAAUACGUUGAAAAGACCCAAAAGGCGACCGUUACCGGAAUUUUACGAAGAUGACGACAUAGAAUUAGAAAUAGCCGCAAAUCCGAAAGAUCCGAACGCUCCAAAGCCCGAAGGAAGCACCAUGACUCCGGCAUUGGGCGAACAACUUGUUGUGCCAUCAGGGUUACCACGUAAUUUAGAAGCUGCCAUUCAAAGGUACGGGUCGGCAUCGUUUAAAGCUCCCGUCGCAACGGUUUUAGAUCCGAACGGAAAACUAAUAACUUCAUUAAGUUACGGAAAAUUGCUCAGUAGAUCUCAAAAAAUAGCUUACACUUUACUAAACAGAUCGUUUAGCAAGGAAACAACGCUCAAAUCUGGUGAUAGAAUAGCUCUCGUUUAUCCGAAUAACGAUCCAAUUAAUUUUCUAUGUGCUUUCUAUGGGUGUCUUCAAGCCGGAAUCGUUCCCGUUCCCAUCGAAGUACCCUUGACGAGAAGGGAUGCGGGUUCCCAACAAAUCGGAUUCCUUUUGGGAAGCUGCGGUAUUUCCGUCGCACUCACCUCCGAGGCUUGUUUGAAAGGAUUGCCGAAAGUCACGACGGGAGAAGUGGUCGCUUUUAAAGGUUGGCCCAAAUUACAAUGGUUCGUCACCGAGCAUUUGGCAAAAACUCCCAAAGACUGGUUACCGCCUCCUAAAUUAACCGACGACACUCCUGCCUACAUAGAAUACACGACGGAUAAAGAUGGUUCUGUUAUGGGUGUGACCGUCACGAGAGUGGCCAUGUUAUCCCACUGCAGAACUUUAACAAUGGCGUGCAAUUAUACGGAAGGAGAGAACAUGGUCUGCGUAUUAGAUUUUAAAAGAGAAGUAGGUCUUUGGCAUAGCGUUUUAACGAGCGUUUUAAACGGGAUGCACGUUAUAUUCAUACCCUACGCUUUAAUGAAAGUCAACCCGGCUUCUUGGAUGCAAAUGAUAACAAAAUACAGAGCGAGCAUAGCCGUCGUCAAAUCGAGGGAUUUGCAUUGGGGCCUUCUAGCAACAAAAGAUCACAAAGACAUUAGCCUGUCGUCGUUAAGACUUCUUCUCGUUGCCGACGGAGCUAAUCCGUGGUCGCUUUCGUCUUGCGAUCAGUUCCUAUCUGUGUUCCAAUCGAAGGGUCUUCGUUCCGAUGCCAUAUGUCCGUGCGCGUCAUCGAGCGAAGCACUCACCGUGUCGAUCAGAAGACCCGGUCGUGCCGGAGUCAACGCGACGGGAAGAGGAGUUUUAUCCAUGUCGGGAUUAAGUUUCGGCGUGGUACGAGUCGAUCAGGAAAAUUCUUUGACUUCUUUAACGCUUCAAGACUGCGGUCAAGUCAUGCCUGGUUGUGUGAUUGUGGUUGUGAAAAUCGAAGGAACAUCAUAUUUAUGCAAGACUGACGAAGUAGGUGAAAUCUGUGUUAAUUCGGGAGCAACGGCGAGUCAAUAUUGGGGUUUGCAAGGGUUGACGAAUAGCACGUUCAAAGUUCAGCCAUUGCAAGCCGACGGUAGUCUUUUGGGCGAUGCUGAAUACACAAGAAGUGGACUUUUAGGAUUUUUAGGACCCGGAGGUUUGGUGUUCGUAUGCGGAUCACGUGAUGGUUUAAUGACCGUCACGGGUAGAAAACAUAACGCGGACGAUAUAAUAGCAACUGUUUUGGCUGUGGAACCCAUGAGAUUCAUUUACAGAGGUCGAAUCGCCGUUUUCAGCAUAAGAGUAUUAAGAGACGAAAGGAUUUGCGUCAUUGCGGAACAGAGGCCCGAAUGCAGCGAAGAAGAGAGUUUUCAAUGGAUGUCGAGAGUUUUGCAAGCCGUCGAUUCCAUCCAUCAAGUCGGUAUUUACUGCCUGGCAUUGGUGCCGCCCAAUUAUUUGCCAAAAACCCCGUUGGGAGGAAUUCAUUUGUCGGAAACGAAAAGAAGAUAUUUAGAAGGGACUUUACAUCCUGCUAAUGUUCUUUUGUGCCCUCACACCUGUGUUACCAAUUUGCCCAAACCACGUGAAGUUCAUCCAGACAUCGGUCCGGCAUCCGUCAUCGUUGGAAAUUUAGUCCAGGGAAAUCGAUUGGCUUCGGCUCAGGGAAGAGACAUGGGAAUGAUAGAUGAAGAAUCCGAUUCUGCAAGAAAGUAUCAAUUCAUUUCGGAAACCCUACGGUGGAGAGCUGCGAGCACGGCGGAUCACGUUAUAUUUAGCUUGUUGAACGCGAAAGGAACGGCCACGACGCUUUUGACGUGUUCGCAACUACACAAGAGAGCGGAAAGAGUUGGGAAUUUAUUAUUAGAAAAAGGGAAAAUCAACACGGGUGAUCACGUUGCCUUGAUAUUCCCGCCAGGAAUUGAUCUCAUAUGCGCCUUUUACGGUUGUUUAUACGUCGGUGCCGUACCCGUGACGAUAAGGCCUCCGCAUCCGCAAAAUUUACAAACGACACUUCCCACCGUUCGAAUGAUCGUUGACGUUAGCAAAUCCGUAUUAGUCCUAUCGAAUGCGAACGUAAUAAAACUCCUUAGGUCGAAAGAAGCGAGCAACGUUGUCGAUAUAAAAUCGUGGCCGAUAACGUUGGACACGGAUGACAUGCCUAAAAAGAAAUUGCCCAUGUUGUACAGAGCUCCCACGGCGGAAAUGUUGGCUUAUCUCGAUUUCAGCGUGUCGACGACGGGAAUGUUGGCCGGUAUAAAAAUGUCUCACGCUGCGGUUACCUCAUUGUGCAAGUCAAUGAAAUUGGCUUGCGAACUGUAUCCGUCUAGACACAUCGCACUCUGUUUGGAUCCUUAUUGCGGUUUAGGUUUUGCAUUGUGGUGCCUGAGCAGCAUAUACUCUGGUCAUCAUUCGAUUCUUAUUCCUCCGUCUGAAGUCGAAGUUAAUCCGGCGUUGUGGUUAACGGCUGUUAGUAAUUAUCGAGUUAGAGACACGUUUUGUUCGUAUGGCGUCAUGGAAUUAUGUACAAAGGGCUUGGGCUCAUCCGUAAAUCUUCUCAAACAGAGAAACGUUAAUUUAAGCUGCGUUAGAACGUGCGUCGUCGUGGCAGAAGAAAGACCGAGAAUAAGUCUGACAAGUUCUUUUUCAAAAUUGUUUUCUGCUCUCGGUUUGAGUCCCAGAGCCGUCUCAACGAGUUUCGGAUGUCGAGUCAACGUGGCCAUUUGUCUACAGGGAGCUUCCAGUCCGGAACCAUCGACCGUUUACGUGGAUUUAAGAGCUCUUCGUAACGACAGAGUUUCUCUCGUUGAACGAGGUAGUCCGCAUUCUCUAUGCGUCAUGGAAUCUGGUAAACUUUUACCCGGAGUCAAAGUCAUAAUAGCCAAUCCGGAAACCAAAGGCCAAUGUGGUGAUUCGCAUUUAGGAGAAAUUUGGGUUCAGUCACCUCACAACGCGAGCGGAUAUUUCACGAUAUACGGCGACGACAGCGACUACGGAGAUCAUUUCAAUGCCAAACUCGUGACCGGUUCGAACAGCGAAGUGUACGCGAGAACCGGAUAUUUGGGUUUCCUUCGACGCACCGAAGGAACACAACAGGACGGAAACGAUGUUUCAGGUUCAGGUGGAGGUGAGGAGAACAAUAGUUCCCUGCCCCCUGGCUCAGAUCUAGGCUUAGGCCCUGCUCCAUCCCCGGUUACCUCAGAAUUACACGAUGCCGUUUUUGUCGUCGGGGCCUUGGAUGAAACUGUGAUGCUGCGGGGAAUGAGAUAUCAUCCGAUUGAUAUUGAAAAUAGCGUUAUGAGAUGUCAUAAGAAAAUUGCCGAAUGCGCCGUAUUCACGUGGACCAAUCUUCUCGUGGUGGUCGUCGAAUUAGACGGUAACGAAAACGAAGCUUUGGAUUUGGUUCCGCUCGUGACGAACACCGUUUUAGAAGAACAUCAUUUAAUCGUGGGAGUCGUCGUGGUCGUAGAUCCCGGAGUCGUGCCAAUCAAUUCAAGAGGAGAAAAACAAAGAAUGCAUUUACGUGAUGGUUUUCUCGCCGAUCAACUCGAUCCGAUUUACGUAGCCUACAACAUGUAA